AUGGUCGCUCUCACUGACUCCCAUGAGGAAGUGCGAUUAAGAACUUUGUAUAUAUUUCCGCUUCCGAUCCUUUUCCCCUCCUUUCGAGCGGUUAGGGCUCCUGCAAACAUGGUCAACGUUCCCAAAACUCGCCGGACUUUUUGCAAAAAGUGUGGCAAGCACCAGCCCCACAAAGUGACACAGUACAAGAAGGGCAAAGACUCUCUGUAUGCCCAGGGAAAGCGGCGUUAUGACAGGAAGCAGAGUGGCUAUGGUGGGCAGACCAAGCCAAUUUUUCGUAAAAAGGCUAAAACUACAAAGAAGAUUGUGUUAAGACUCGAAUGUGUUGAGCCAAACUGCAGAUCUAAAAGAAUGUUGGCUAUCAAAAGAUGUAAGCACUUUGAACUGGGAGGAGAUAAAAAACGAAAGGGUCAAGUGAUCCAGUUCUAAGCUUCAUCUUACUUUAUCCAGACACAAUAAA